GACGAGCAGCGGAGAGACACACCGCAACGUCUCGCCGGGGCUGGGAGGUCACCUAAAACCUCAAAUUGGAGGUGGAGGAAGUGCUGGGUGUCGCCUGACCAUAGCGGUUACAUGUACAGCAGCCUCAGCUGAGGGUUACGUUGUGUGUUCGAGGAUUGUGUGCUGCGAUGUCGGAGUUUCUGGUGAGUCUGUUCGGGGAGCGGCUCGUCAACAGCGAGAAAGCCGAGGUGGAUGUCCAGUCUCUCGGCGCCAAGCUGUCCCUGGUCGGGCUCUUCUUCGGAUGCAGCCUUAACGCCCCGUGCAAGCAGUUCAACGGCAGCCUGUGCGAGUUUUACAACAGGUUCAAAAAGACCUCUGAGUAUAAGGAUAAAUUGGAAAUCGUCUUCAUCUCGUCUGAUCAGGACCAGAAACACUGGCAAGACUUUUUGCAGGAGAUGCCAUGGCCUGCUUUACCUUUCAAAGACAGACACAAAAAGAUGAAGCUGUGGAACAAGUACAAGGUGACCAGCAUCCCAUCUUUAGUGUUUGUGGACGCAGCCACGGGGAAGAUCGUGUGCCGAAAUGGUCUUUUGGUGGUCAGAGAUGACCCUAAAGGCCUGGAGUUCCCCUGGGGGCCGAAGCCAUUUGCGGAGGUGGUAGCAGGGCCUCUGCUCAGGAACAACAGGCAGACAACAGACAGCAGCUCUCUGGAGGGACACUAUGUGGGAGUGUAUUUCUCAGCACACUGGUGUCCACCAUGCCGCAGUUUGACCCGGGUCUUGGUGGAAACCUAUCGAACUGUUAAAGAGUUAGGGCAUAAGUUUGAAAUCGUGUUUGUCAGCGCUGAUAGGUCAGAGGAGUCCUUUAAGCAGUACUUCAGUGAGAUGCCAUGGUUGGCAGUGCCAUAUUCAGAUGAGGCUCGGAGAUCACGGCUCAACAGACUCUAUGGAAUACAAGGUAUUCCCACGCUGAUUAUGUUGGAUGCAGAUGGUCACAUGAUCACACGGCAGGGCCGUGUGGAGGUGCUCAAUGACCCCGAGUGUCGACUCUUUCCGUGGCACCCCCGGCCCGUACUCGAGCUCAAUGACUCCAAUGCUGUGCAGCUUCACGAGGGGCCAUGCCUCGUCCUGUUUGUAGAUGCUGAGGAGGAAGGUGAGCUGGAGCCAGCCAAGGAGUUGAUUCAACCAAUAGCAGAGAAGCUUAUGGCCAAGUACAAAGCCAAGGAGGAGGAGACGCCACUGCUUUUCUUUGUGGCUGGCGAGGAUGACAUGAGUGACUCCCUGCGAGACUACACUAACCUCCCAGAGGCAGCACCUCUUCUCACUAUCCUGGACAUGUCGGCUCGUGCCAAGUAUGUUCUUGAUGUAGAGGAGAUAACACCAGCCGUUGUGGAGCAGUUUGUCUGCGACUUCCUGGCUGAAAAGCUCAAACCAGAGCCCAUCUAAGGAGAGAACCGGAGUACAAAUAAGACAUGUUAUAUGGGACUCAAUCUGUCAUCCAAUCCUCUCGUCUUUCCCAACAUCCUGCGGUCUCAUCCACCUCCCUGCUGACUGUUAGCAAAACGUCUCAUUUUUAAUGACAUUUUAACUUUUUUUUUUUUUUAGACAUGUUCCUCUUUCCAUGGAGUCUUCUUUCUCCUGUGGUGCCUUGCAUUGACUAUAGUCCAUACAGUAAUAUAUAUGGAAACUUUUUUGUUUUUUUUUACACACAUUAGCAUUUCUGAAGUCUAGACAACACCAGAGAAUUACCCAGUGGACCUACUUCUAAAGCUGAUUCUUUGCUUUCUGUUUUGUAUGCAGGAUCUAUGUUACUGUUAAUUGCUGAAUGACAAUAAGAAAGACUAAAAUCCCUUUUUACAGUUGUACUUCACAUGAAAUGCAGAUGGUCUGAACCUCAGUAGAUGUAGCUAAGCCUAAUUUAAAUAAAACAGUAUGACAGAUGCACACAGAAAAGAGCACAGUGCUUGUUUAUAAGACCAAUGACUGAUGUUUUGAACCCAUGUGGCUUGUUGUCACAUUGAAAGUGAAGGUCAUCUCUAGCCAGUUAAAAGUGGUUCUCAUUUCAGUUAUAUGAGGAUUUUCUGUGAAGGUCCCUCUAAUGAAAGAGGCCAGGUUAUUUCUGGAGGCACAAAAAUGGUAUUUUGAGAAGUGUUGAAUGUAUAAAUCCCUAUUUUCUGUUACUUCAGUCAUGACUUCUCACACUUAUUAAAGAUUCACUGGUAAGC